AUGGCUAUGAUACACCAAUUCAACUUGGUAAUAAAAAAGAACCCAACAAGCUGGUGUACAUACCAGCUCGCUGGGAGGAACCCCUCCCGACGAGCUGGUGUGCAUACCAGCUUGUUGGGAGGGGUUGCUGGUUUUCAAACCAGCUCGUCGGAAGGAUUACCUUCCGACGAGCUGAUACCGCCAGUCUUUGAUUGGCGGGCAAGUCCAUCCACCCCUCCUGGAGGGGCGGGUUCUCUUGCCCGCCCCUCAGAAGUCUGUUUCCUUGGGAAAUCAGAAUUCCAAGGGGUGUGCAAUCAAACCCGCCCCUCAGAGAUGGGCGGGUGCGAUCACACGCCCCUUUUGGAGGGGCGUAGGCGGGCGGGGAGGGGAGGGGAGUGCAAUUAUAAAUGCACGGACGGCAAAGCCAUAAUCUUAAGUGUUGGCGGAAAUUUCCAUGGUCAAACUUUGGGUGUCAUGGGUAUGAGCCCUCCAAGCCAAAAGGCUGUCCAGUCUCACGGCUGGGAGGGGUUCCUCCCGGCCUUGAGACUGUACAUGGCUCAAGGCCAAGAGGGAUUCCUCUCAGCCUUGAGCCAUGUACAGUCUCAAGGCGAAGAGGUUUGCCUCGUCGGCCUCGAGACUAUUCCCUCCUGGCGGCGAGGUUGUACAACCUCUUCGACCAGGAGGAGGGAAUGCUGGCCGGCAAGGUUGUACAACCUUGCCGCCAGGAGGAUUUGGUUGAAGAGGUUGUACAACCUCGCCGGACAGGAGGAUUCCCUCCUGGUCGCAACCUCACCGGCCAGGAGGAUUCCCUCCUGGUCAACAAGGUUGUACAGCCUUGCCGGCCAGGAUAUCCUCCUCCUGGUCGACAAGGUUGUACAACCGUACAACCUUGCCGGCCAGGAGGAUUCCCUCCUGGUCGACGAGGUAGUACAGUCUUGGCGGCCAGGAUUCCCUCCUGGUCGACGAGGUUCCUGGCCGGCGAGGCUGUACAACCUCUUUGACCAGGAGGAUUCCCUCCUGGCCGGCAAGGACCUGCAAGCCAAUCAAACUAGCAGCAGAUUGGCUGACUUACAUAAUAUCAAGCAAGCACUAAAUGCCCACAGAAAAAAUACAACCACAGUUUUACUCGAGCCUAUUCAAGGCAAAGCUGGGAUUAUUGUUCCGGACAACGACUACAUUCCAAAAGUAAAGGCCUUAUGUGAAUCAAAGAACGUGUUAUUGAUAAUGGAUGAGGUGCAGACUGGGCUUGGUCAAACAGGUAAACUAGGGGCCUGA